AUGAUCAAGGAUCCCGCGCGGUCCGAAGUAUCGUGGACGUUGAUGAGCGAGCCAGAAAGUGUGAAGACUUAUCGGGCGAACGUGAACCUGAAAGUGCGCUUUAAGAAAGGCAACGGCCUCACAGUUCCCCUGAUACAGGAUCUUACACAGCUGUCCCAUCGAGCGCGAGACAACAGCUCAAUUUUGCGCAUUGUCAUCUCGGCGGAAGGUAGAUAUUUCUGCGCUGGCAUGGGCUUAGGCGAGGGGACAACACCGGUUGCUCAGACGAAAGAAGCCAGUGACGGAGAAUAUGACCGGAUGACAAGGCAUUUCGAAGCAACUGAUAACGCGCGUCAAGUGAUGGUGGCUGCGAUCAACAGGCCAGCAUUUGGUGGCGGAGUUGGACUUGCGUUUGCGUGCGAUGGCAGAAUUGCGGUCAUCUCGGUGACGGUCACGUUGAGUGAGGCAAAGCUCGGACUGUGUCCAGCGACAAUCGCAAUACAUCAUCAGAGAUGGGGUCUGGCCUUCACACAAGAGGCCAUGCUCUCUGCUCGCCCGAUAACAAUGCCUGAGCUCCGGUCACUCGGGUUGGUUGCAAAAGUGGUGGAUGAACCUACACAGCUGUCCGCAGAGUUGGAUCAAUAUCUCUCUCAGCCAAAGAUAGCGAAGCCGGAGGCAUCAGGCAUGUGGAAGCAACUUAUCAGGUGGGGAUGGGCACACGUUGGGCGUGAUGAGCAGGAGAAAGGCGUCAAACAGCUGUACGACAAGAUGAUGCGGUCGGAUGGCGAAGCUGCGAUUGGGCUGAAGGUGUUUCAAAUCACGCGAGAGACGCUUGACUUAGACGGCAUAAGCAUUGCCCGGAUGGCGGCUGCUUCCAAGUGGAAGCUGUCAGUGUCAUGGCGAUAA